AUGUUCCCAUAUUUCUUUCUUUUCGUAUAUUUUUCCUUCUUUUUUUUCUUUCUUUUUAAAUUCCUUUAUUUCUUAUUAAAUGAUUUCCUUCUUUUUCUUUCCUUUUCUUUCUUUCUUUAUUUAUUUAUUUAUUUAUUUAUUUAUUUAUUAUUUCCUUCCUUACUUUCUUUCUUAUUAAAUUCUUUCCAUCAUUUUGCUCCUUACGUCAUUCUACCUUUUUUCUUUUUUACACCUACCUUUCUGUUUUCAUUUUUCUACGGCUAUUUUUUUUCUUUACUUUCUUUCCUUUCUUUCUUUCUUUCUUUCUUUCUUUCUUUCUUUCUUUCUUUCUUUCUUAUUAAAUUCUUUCCAUCAUUUUGCUCCUUACGUCAUUCUAACUGUUUUUUCUUUUUUACACCUGCCUUUCUGUUUUCAUUUUUCUACGGCCAUUUUUUUCUUUACAUUCUUUCUUUUUUUCUUUCUUUCUUUCUUAUUUCCUUCCUUACUUUCUUCCUUAUUAAAUUCUUUCCAUCAAUUUGCUCCUUACGUCAUUCUACCUUUUUUUUUCUUUUUUACACCUGCCUGUUUUCUUUUUUCUACUACCAUUUCUUUUUCUUUUUUUCUUCCUUCCUUCCUUCAUUCUUUCUUUCUUUCUUUCUUUUUAUUUCCUUCUUUCUUUCUUUCUUUCUUUCUUUCUUUCUUUUCUUCUAUUGUCACCUUCUUCCUUUCGUUUUGUUUUCUUUCUUCUGA